UUAAGUACGGUGUAUAGUACGAGCUGAGCAGUAGUCUUUUUUCUGGUAUAAAAUCAGUGGCGUUGUGGUGAAAGAUGAUUAACAAAUUAACCCCUCAUAACUUCAUAAGCAUAAGAAGAAGUGAAGCUAAUUCUAGCUAGCUAACAUGAAGGUCCAUCAGUUUGGACGUAGUGGAUUGAUGUUUGAUCACGAUAAUGCAGCCACAUCGCUAUCCCUUGGCUGCAAGCGUUUGCGGCCACUUGCUCCCAAGCUCGCCGUAGACGGCGGCGCAAUCACCAUCUCGCCGCCGGUUUUCGAUCUCAAGAGCUUCAUUAGACCCGAAAGUAGUAGCCCUACCAAGUUGGGAUCACCGGAAACAAAGAAAGACUCCCCUCAGGCGACGGCGGCGGUGGAGACGCAUCCGGGCGGAACUCGGUGGAAUCCGACGCAGGAACAGAUAGGGAUUCUGGAAAUGCUGUACAGAGGGGGGAUGAGAACGCCGAACGCCCAACAAAUCGAGCAAAUCACGGCGCAGCUUAGCAAGUACGGGAAGAUAGAAGGCAAGAAUGUGUUCUACUGGUUUCAAAACCACAAAGCGCGCGAGAGGCAGAAGCAGAAAAGGAACACCGCUCUCCUCGCCGCCGGCGGCGGCCUCAAUCACACCCCCACAACACCGCCGCCUACACUUCCCUUCGACCUCAUUGUGGAGGAAGAAAGUCCAAAGAAGAGAAGAUGUAGAUCAUGGGCGUAUGAGUUCUUAGAAAUGGAGGAGAAGAGAUCGUCUUGCUGUCGGAGAGAGGAGGGGGAUAGGACACUAGAACUGUUCCCAUUGCACCCAGAGCUAGGGAGAUGAUGAGAGGAUUCAUGGAGGGGCCACGCACCCAUAAUAAUAAUUGUUCUAAUAUAUAAUAUAAUAACUAAUCAUGAUAAUUCUCUACUUAAAUUAAUUCACGGAGAUCUGGAUUUGCUUUUAGGUCAUUGGAAAUGGCCGCCGUGCUUCUUUUCUCUUUCAUUUGUACGUACGUUUCCAUCGUUUCAGGAAACACCACCACCACCAACAAUUAAUUAAUUAAGGUGUAUGUAUCAUUGGACGCAACCUUACCUACGUUAAUUAAUCACUCUAA